UUCGUUACUCUGUCUGUUGUAGUCUGCAUGAGUAGUCACUUCUGAAAAUGGCGGUGGACGUUGGUAAAAACAUCAGCGGCUUUUUGAGCUCGAAACAAGUUGGAGCAAGCUCCGAAGUAGCUUCAGAAUGGGCCGCCCUAGACGAAUUGCAUACCAAGAAGCUCUAUCACCAGCUGACGCUGAAACUCAUGACAUUUGUCAAGCAUCCUUCUUUGCAAGAAGGGGAACAAUUGUUGGAGCUGUACAGUAAAUUUAUCAUGUACAUUGAAAACAAAAUAAAUCCUCUUUCCUUGGUGGAGAUACUUGCCUUUGUUGUUCAGCAAUACACAGACUGGAAGGAAGCUGUGUCAUUCUUAGAGAAGAUGGAAGUGAAGGUCAAGGGCUGUGAAGAUGCUGUUAUGCUUUGCAAGGUUCUGGCCGGUCAGAUUCUUUUAGAAAAAUUAUCAGACACAGUUGCCACCAAGAAAAUCAUUGAUGAUGUAGAGAAGGAACUGGAUAAGAAGGAUGGUGUUGGUCCAGUGCAUGGACGCUUUUACCUGCUAGCCAGUAAUUAUUACCGUCAACAAGGGAAACAUGCCGAGUAUUACCGUACUGCGCUGCGGUAUCUUGGAUGUGUGAAUCUGGAUGAUCUCUCCUUCAAGGAACAAAUGCAGCAUGCUUUCUUCCUCGGACUUGCAGCUUUACUCGGAGAGGGUGUUUACAACUUAGGAGAGCUUCUUGCUCACCCUGUUCUUCAGAGUAUGAAAAACACACCCAACAAAUGGCUAGUAGAUUUACUCCUUGCAUUCAACUCUGGUGACAUUGCCAAGUUCGAUGAAAUGAAACCAAAGUGGGCCAGUGUUCCUGAUCUAGCCGCCCAAGAGUUGAAACUGCGCCAAAAAAUUUCUUUGCUUUGUCUCAUGGAGAUGACCUUCAAAAGACCCUCUACCGACCGGCAACUCACAUUUGAAGAAAUUGCUGCAGAGACAAGGUUACCUGUCAAUGAAGUUGAAUUGCUUGUUAUGAAAGCCCUAGCUCAGGGGUUAGUGAAGGGUGCAAUUGAUCAAGUUGACGGCCGCGUCCACAUGACUUGGGUGCAACCACGUGUAUUGGACAAACAGCAGAUUGCAACUAUGGUGAAGAGAUUAGAUGUUUGGUGUAAAGAUGUCAAAAAUAUGGAGCAACUUCUAGAGACUCAAGCACAUGACUUUUUAACUUUGUAAAAUCAUGUGUUUCUGUGACUGACUAAUUUUCCUCGAUUUGAUUCGAGCAUAGCAUCUUUCUAAUCAGAUUGUUACUUUGAGUGUCUUACAUUUUGAAAAAAAAAGUUCAUAUUGUAAUUUAUUGUAGAAUCCUUAUAUUAAACAAGGUUUUUGUAA